AUGCACGCCGCGGCUGUCCCUCUACUUGCGUCGCUUCUGUGUUAUGUCGUGGCCGCUGCCGCUGUGACGGAGGAACCGCUGCACACUUUGAAGAAGUCAUGUCAAUUCACUCUGGGUAAUCGGCGCUUCGACCUCUGCCCGGUCUUCGAAGGGAAUGAGGGCGGCUGGAACGUUGCGUACGAUCGACAGACACCACCAACGGUCACGAAGACAGAGUACAAGAUCUCGUUCGCGGGCGCGCUCAAGAAGAGCAAGAAGGUCCCGAGUCAUGAACAGUGCCCAGAUGGAACGUGGAUAUGUCUCAUCGGUCAGUGUUCUCGCGCUGUGUACGAUGCCCGGCUCACGGAGCACAUUGCUGGGGAGCUCUCCCUGCCCGAUGAAGGAGACAGCUUUGCGCGCGAUGAUUAUGUACCUGGCGUCAACAUCACGGCAAAGCUCGUGCCCGCUAGGACGCAAACAAAGCAUGAUAUUCUGCACAUACAUUUGCAUGGCGGUUACUAUGUGUACAGGCAGCAGAAAGCAGACUUCCAGUUCGUUUGCGAUCACCAGGUAGAUGAGCCGUCUUCGCCCGGGAUGCUCUGGAAUUGGAACGGAACGCAUACGUUUGAAUGGCGGACGAAACAUGCGUGCGGCGAGAGGCUGGCGACCCCUACGAAGCCAGCGUCGGAGCCCGAGCCUACAGAUGAACCAAAGCCUGAUGACGACGAGGAGCAGGACGCGGACGCUCCUCCGCAAGACGAUGAGAACAAGAAAACUAAGGGCGAGCACAAGCUGCUCGAUCCGGACUUGGUGGGCGCGCGCUCGCGGCAAUACAUGAUGACCCUGGCCGCAUCGUCUGCCGCCGUUAUGCUGGUACUUAUGUACAUACUGUACUUCCCGCCACCACGAGUCCGGCAGAUGAUCACAAAAUACGUGAAGACGCAUCCUUGGUUGCUGCGGUCGCGUGUCGGCGAGCGCGUGCUGGUCCGCUGGGCGUAUGAGGAUUUCUCUGUCGAUGGGGCAGAAGAGGACACAAUGGUCAAUGAUCGCGAGUUCGAGGGGAUGAUUGCGCUGGACGAGCAGAUCCCGCUAAAGCCAUCCCCGAGGCGCACGGUUACCGAUCCUUGGUGUAUAUAUGUCACGGUGUCCAAUCCACGUCUAAUAAUUGACAUCCGAGACAUCCCGCAGAGCGACUUGUAUGACUCCGACCCCGACACGGGCCGACCAAAUCGAGGCAGCUCACGGCUUGACCCUAUCCCACUAUAUGCACGACUCGAACACGUUCUCUUAAGGACUCUCGUCUCUAAUCUGUCGCAACUUAUCCACUAUUGUAUAAUGGUCCAGUCAGUCUCGGAUUCCGCAUUCUCGCCGGCCCCGUUCAGUCCUUUCUCGUCCUAUUCUGUCGCUAGUGGCGUAACAUCUGAUGGCGGCCCCGUCCACCCCGCGGAUGUGGUCAAUGCCACGGCAUCUUCACUCGGAUUCUCGCUUUCGGACUAUGAUUCUGAGGUUGCCCAAAUAUCGCCCGUGUGGUCCCGUGGGCAGCUCUCUGCUUAUUUGUCCUACUCCUCGCCGGAGAGCGUUUCGCGCGGCCGAUCACCACCCUCCGAUUCUGAUUCCACAGCAUCUGACGUCGAGAGACGCACCCUGCUCGAGAUGGACGACCCGAUUGCUGGCACGAUAGGCGAGCCGUCACUGGGUUAUCUAGACGAGGCACUCGAAUUCCUCGCUGCGGAGCGCGCCAAGCUGCUCGCGCAGCGCGAACUGGGCUUAAAGGGGAAUAGCAGUUCGACGACGACAACAACAACAUCAGAUGGCGUUUGGCGGCAUGUUAUCCAGCCACGGCGCAAGCGACGCAGAAAGAAGAACCGGUCGGUGCAGGAGGUUUCCCGCGUGCGCAUCUCCGAGCGAGAUCAGGAAACUCUUACAGAGUCCACCACGGCUGAUGACCAUGACGGUGACGCGGACGAUGGGUAUGACUCUUCGUCCUCUGUUGAUGUUACUUCCUCCCCUCAAGCACGGGCCAAGGCUGCUGCAUCGUUCCACGAUAAACAAGACAAACAAGGCAAACGGCGACCGCGCCCGCUGGCUCCCACAGAGAAAUUACGACUACAUCACAGUAAAUCAACACCCAAUCUAAUACCCCCUGUAUCCAUACCUCUCGAUGCCCGAGCAUUACAUCUGCGCAAUCUUGCACACAAGCUCCGUCUGUUCUUCCCUCAAGAUGUUGUCGCGCUACGGACGAUUCUUUCACCGGAGUCGGCGAACCAAGGCUUUGUAGAUACACGAGGUCCCGAGCCCCGCUCGCAGGACACUCUCAUCCAUGUAUUUAUUGAUCAUUCGAACAUUCUCAUUGGAUUUCUUUCGUACCUUCGGCGCCACGCACAUCGUGUGACCCAUAUCAGGAGCAGGUAUAUGUCUCACGCCGCUCUCGCGCUUAUCCUGGAACGCGGCCGGCCGAUUACUCGCCGCGUACUGGUGGCAUCGUCGCCGUUAUAUCAGCCGGUCAACACUGCCGAACAGCUGGGUUAUGAAGUACGCGUCUAUGCGCGCGUGCCCGACACUGGUGACGGCGCCGACCGGCAACCCCAUAUCUCUCACACCGACCACCACACUCCCAGCCGCAUUCGUGGCCGCAAGGGCGGUCCCUCUCAGUCUCAGAAACAUUCCCAUCGAACUUCUAUGGGUGGCGGUACAUCCACGGAGUCUGACGCCGGAGGCAAUGGGAACGGAAACGGUGUUGCAGGCGGUAACGCAACGCGCGUGCGGUACCGCGAGCAAGGCGUGGACGAGCUGCUGCAGCUGAAGCUACACCAGGCGAUCGCGGACGCUGACGAAGUCCCGCCGGGCGCGACAAUCGUGCUCGCGACGGGCGACGGGAACGUCGGACAGUUCAACGAGGAAGGGUUCCUAGGGUGUGUUCGGACGGCGCUGAAGAAGGGAUGGCGCGUGGAGCUGUAUGCGUGGGAGGGCGGGCUAAGCCGGGCGUGGAUGCGCGAAUUUGGGGAAGGAUCGUUCAGCAGCAGGUUCGAGGUUCACAUGCUGGAUCGGUUCGCUGCGGAUCUGCUUGAGGUUCGCCGAGUAACAAUGUUGAUAGGCAGCCGCAGCCAGAACGUCGACUCUGGAACCAUGAGGAUUACGGUCCUUGAGGCCCCUGUGCUCCCGUUUCCGCGAGGCCUGCGCCCACAACGACAUACAGUGGCAAAGUGCGUGCUGUUUAUACGCGCGCGAUAUGAGGAUGCCUUCUGGAAAUCCUUCUCGCUUACAAUGACCAUGGCCCAGCUUCCAGCCAUACCUUCUUUAACCUCCGUUACACAGGUCGACGAAUACGUGGAUAAUCACUCAUUUGAGCUACGGCACGAUGCAGUCGUCAAAUUGAACUCGUUCGAAGUCGAUUUUUGGGACAUGACAAUCUCACUCCGUCGUCUCCUCCUCCUUAAGGCAUUGUACCGCUCAAAUCCAGCAGUGGACGAACGAUUCCACGAGCGACGCGACAUCCAUCUGCACGCUAUCGAGUCAACUGAUGAGCCUUCACCUAUGCAUUUGUACGCAUUCGCGAAAGCGUUCUCGCUGAUCAACCGCGCAAACAACGGCUGUUUUGGCGGCGGGAAAGUGCAUCGAUUCCUCGAUCUCGGUUGCUCGCCCGGUGGAUUUUCGUCGUAUCUACUCAGACACAAUCGAGGAGUACAGGGCGUCGGGAUCGAUCUGCCCAACGAAGAAGCGAAGUUCCCCCUCCAGAUUGAUCCCACUUUUCGGGAGAGCUACCGCAUGCGAUACGAUGAUAUAAUGGCCUUCGUCUCCCGAUCUGUGAAUGCGGGCACUCCCCUCGUCAUCCCUAACCAUGACGACCCCUCUACGCAUUACGACCUCGUCAUCGCCGGUGCCUUCCCUGUGCUGCAAGGUCCGAUUCCGUGGUGGCAUCGAAUCCAGCUGGUCUUAUCCCAAAUCCUCAUCGUCUUCGCCAACAUCGAAACGGGUGGUUCCGCCGUCAUCGCAAUCACUACGAAGGCGUUUCUCUGGAUUGUGGACGUCAUUGGAUUGCUCCGACAGUCGUUCGCGGCGGUAACGGCGCACAAGACCGGCAAGCUCCACGCCGUCCGGACGUCGUGCUACCUCGUCUGCAGAGGCUUCCGGGCCACUCCAGAAGAGGUAGAUCGAUUCACCGGACGGUUGCACAGCGCGCUUCGUUAUUUGAUGGAGGUCUCAGAUGGAUCGUCCAUAGACAACAACGGCCGGUGGCACAGUGACGGGAACCCAGAGGAGUUGCCGCUCAUCACCGGAGAGUCAGCCGCUGAGAUCUUCAAUGCCCAGCAUCAGCAUGUGCUGGGUUUGUUUGAGCCUCUAUGGGAUUAUCAGUACGCUGCGAUUCGUGAAGACUUCGCUCAAGUGCUCGUCGGCAAAUACGGAGGGGUGAUAACAAUGCCAAUAACACAGAUUUAUCCCAAGUCAUGGCGCAGCCAGCAGCAUCUCCGCAGUCUCCCAUUCGCGAAUGGCGUCCUCGGCUACCCCAGACAACCUCCGAUGUAG